GGUUUUGGAAAAGGCAUAUUCAUACAUAAACAUAUUUUACUGCAAGCAAAACAGAUAAUUAGAUGGAAGGCAGAUGUAUCAGCCUGUUACAUUGGAGUAUUUAAAAUUGAGAAACUUAUUGACAUUUUGAUGGUUUCGUAUGAAGUUUCCUAGCAACGGGUAUUUGGCAACACUAAAGCUGUGGUCCUUCUUUUACGUCAAAUAAACAGUGCGAGACGUUUUAAAAAUGGGUAAGGUCAAGUGCUCUGAACUGCGAAAGAAAGACAAGAAGGAGUUGUUCAAACAACUCGAAGAACUUAAAACAGAGCUUACCAACUUGAGAGUCGCGAAGGUCACUGGUGGUGUCGCUUCUAAGUUAUCUAAAAUCCGUGUGGUCAGGAAAGCUAUUGCUCGUGUUUACAUUGUUUACCAUCAAAAAAUGAAGGUCAACUUGAGAAACCUUUACAAGAACAAGAAGUACAAGCCUUUGGAUUUGAGAGCCAAGAAGACCCGUGCUAUGCGCAAGGCUUUAAGUAAACAUGAAGCAAAGAUCAAGACCAGCAAAGAAAUCAGGAAGAAAUCACUCUUCCCACCUAGAGUGUAUGCUGUAAAAGCCUAAAUAAAAUAGUGAUCUAAAUAUCCA